GCAAAUGAUACGACUUUUGGGACAUUUGUAUCACGGUCAUCGUCAUGGUCAAACGCACGUGUUUGGUGUUCCGUGCUGUACUCUACCUGUGCUUGGUUACAUUAUUCACCCCCUUAGAUGGGGCCCAGGACAUUUUCUCCAUACUGAAACCGGGCAGCCCGUUAGGUUCGAUCGGACGGAAAAAGCUUUUCGUCACACGUGUCGGACAGUGUGCGGGCAAGAAAAAUCUACCCGUGUACGUGCCGGAUAUGCGCAUAGCGGCACACAACCGUACCAGCUACGUUGUGAGCGGAGAGGUACACUUCCGGGAGAACGUACCAGCCUAUCGGCUGUCGGUGGUAGUAAAGCAAUGUGACGAUAUACGGGCCACGGUCAACUGUCGCCCGUUUCUGAGCAACAUCGUCAACACGGACGGUUGUGCACUGCUGCAGGCAUCCGGUGCGAUGUACAAUGAAUAUCUGCAAAAGUUCCGUCCACCGCUCAGGUGUCCAUUUUGGAACGGGACGUAUGUGAUGGGUGCAACGCUGGUUGAUGACGGAUUGGUGAAAUAUUUACCAGGCUCUGGGAGCACAUUUUGGGAGGUACGCAUGACGGGUCGUGUAAAGGAGCGUUUAAUGUUUUGCGUAGUAAUGCAGCUGAAUGUGAGACCGAAAAAAUUAGCCAACCGAAACUGAGCAAUCGACCAAUAAA